AUGGCCUUCUCUCCACAAUCUAAAGUACGUUAUCCUCCUCAAGAAAGCUUUGAAGAUUCAGAAAGUAAUAUCCACAAAGAAAGUCAGGAAUUUCCCAGAACCUACAGGAUCUAUGACUCCCAACAGAUGGUGUGGGUCCUGGCAGGAAAUACUCUAAUAGCGGUGCCUGCUAGCAGCAAUGUCAAGCCUGUCAUUCUUAACUUGAUAGCAUGUAGAGAUCAAGAAUUCCAAGAUAUUGAAAAAGGUAAUCUAGUUUUUCUGGGAAUCAAGGGUGAGAAACUUUGCCUCUUCUGCGCUGAAAUCGGGGGCACACCGACUUUGGAGCUUAAGGAUGUAAGCAUCAUGGAAAUAUACAAAGAGGGCAAAGCACAGAAAGACUUUCUCUUCUACCACAGCAGAGAGGGUUCUACUUCUGCCUUCCAGUCAGUCUCCUAUCCUGGCUGGUUCAUAGCCACCCCUGCCAUGGCAAGGCAGAAAGUCACCCUCACACAACAGAGGGGUGAAACUACCAGUACCAACUUCUACUUAGAGGCUGAAGAUUAA